AUGUUCGGGCUAGACAGUAGUUCAAGGUCCUCCAGGAUGCUGGCAUUUGUCGCCGUUGUGAUCUUGUUGAAUAGCCCAGCUCCAGUGGUUUUCGGGUUGAAAACCACACUGGGUUCGCCGUGCACAGAUGUGUGUGGUAAAACGACCAACACUACAUCUUCCGAGAUUGCGUGUUUGGACCAAUCAUACAAUAAAACAUCUGUCGGGAAAGACUUCGAAAAAUGCAUUUCCUGCCAGUUGGACAGCGAGUUCCAUGAUAUGAGCACCGGGGAAUCAGACGUGAACUGGGGUCUCUAUAACCUGCGCUACGCUUUUUCAACCUGUGUGUUUGGAUAUCCAGACUCGAUCUCAAAUGUCUCGUCUCCGUGCCCAGUUGCAUGCGAUGGCGUGCGUUCAGCAGUUGAAACCCACAUUGAAGAUCCAGACACGUCGAAUUUGAACUCAUGGUGCGAAGACAAGUCGUUCGCAGAUAAUGUGGUCAACACCUGCGAGUUCUGCUAUAACUUGACAUCCACUCAAGUUUACAUGGCAAACUUCCUCGAGUCCAUCCGCUACAACUGCCAUUUCAAGACAGCAACGGGCAAACCCUUCAACAUCGCUCCAACAAGAAUCUUCAGCCAAUCCCUACUCCCCUCAAGUCUGUCGCUCACAACCCCCGGCGCAGACCACUCAAACCUGAACCUGGGAUUGGUGAUCGCCGUGCCAAUCGUAGGAUUCCUAAUCAUCGUCGCUGGGCUGACGGUAUGCUGCUUCUUCUUCAUCCGACACCGACGCAGAAAGGUCCGCCGGAACCGCCAGUCCCCUCACAUGUACAACCGAUGGAACGAGGCAUCCGGCUCGCCAACCAGCGCACAGCUACAACAGCAAGCCUGGGCCGAGCAACAUAUGUAUAACUCUGGCGGGUAUGGGCACGGGGCAGGCUUUGGGUUCGUUGAUAACGAUGGCCGCGGACAGGAGCUUCCAUAUGGCCAUGUCCAGGCCCAGAAUUACCAAAGCCAACAGUACCAGCAGCAAUACCAGCAGCAAUAUCAGCAGCAGUAUCAGGGUCAGGAUACGUCAGGCAUCUCAAAGGAUAUUAUUGAACAGCCUGGUCAACAGUACCAGCAGCAGUUUGCCCAACCUGCUCAGGUUCAUGAUCACACUUUGGUCUUUGACCCGGAUCAGAAACAGCAGUUGCCCCAAGAGCAGCAUGCUCAGAUUCAUGAUCACACUCAGGCCUUUGACCCUGAUCAAAAGCAAAAGGAUCCCCAGUGGUAG